UGAGUGUUGCAGCCGUCUGCGCCGCCAUGACUCUGGUGCUAAAGGUCCUCAUUGUGUUGGUUGUGAUCGGGGACAACUACACCGAAACUUGAGCGGUUUUUCGGUGUUUGGUACAGAAGUUUACCAUGAGGAAUCACUCGUUUGUAUGUCAGCACUUCACUCAGGGGCAAUUAACAUCAAUGGAGGAGACAUCAUUUUCAAGAAGAAGCUGGAGGUCCCUGGGAGAGUCUACGGCAGCACCAGGAACAGGAUUGUCUCGAGGAGCAAGGACACCGAGUCCUCAGAGGCAGUGUACAUAAUAGAGAAGACCUCCCCUACCAUCACUAAACACGAUGUGCGUGCAGACGUGGUGGUUGUACACAACUCCUUCUCUGGCAGUAGCGGUCGAAGCCGGGUCCUUUUCCUGAGUUGCCUCGCCCAAGACCCGACGUCUAAUCUCACCAACGAAAACAUUGUUCUCUGGAAUUAUACGACAAGUCCUUUCUUAAGCACAGUCACGACAGUCAGAAGUAGUGAUCAAGUGGUGGUGAACACAACUGAUAUAAACGUCCUCCGCUGUCUGGGGAGAAGCCCAGCCACCGAUGUCUUGGCUGCCGUCCAGUUUCCUGACUCCGCGUACCACUCCCCGACCCCCACUGUGAGACUGAGUUGGGGAGAAAACCUCACCAUUCCACUAGUCAAGAAGACACAGCUGCUUCCCAAUUAUGUGAGGACUAGGAGACUUCCAGACGACUGGUCAGUAGCAGCUGACUCCGAGAUUCCUUUGAGCUAUGGACCCGCAAAUCUCAGCCUGGCUGGCAUAUACCUCGCCGGAAACGACCCCUCGGCCCACUUCGACGUCAUGGUCCGUGAUUGUGAGAAGGAGAAGUAUGGCAUACAUUGUUCAGAGGAUUGUCCCAAGUGCCAACAUGGAGGGCAGUGCCAUCCCCAAACUGGCACUUGUGUAUGUCCUCCAGGCUUCACAGGUGACACCUGUCAACGCGCUUGCCAACCUGGAACAUUUGGAGAACAAUGUCAGCUGAGGUGUGAUGCGGCCACACUGGGAUUUCCUGUCACCGAGGAGGGAGACUGCCGCGGCUUGGUGGUCUGUCUGCCUGCGCCCUUCGGGUGCUCCUGUGCCCCUGGAUACACCUACUACAGGCAGCAUAAUGGUGCUAGUAGCCCCAUCUGUACAAAAGAAUGUCUUCCUGGAACCUACGGUGCAGACUGUAGCGAGACCUGCAAGGAUUGUUUGGGCAAUGUGUGCGACCGGUUCUCUGGCGCCUGUUUCAGAGGAGAGAGAAGAGAGAAGCCCAGGGACCUGCCAACGUCUGCCAUCUGGUGGCUGCUUCUUGUACCUCUCAUCAUCCUUACUGGUGUCAUCCUCUUUAUUUUCUAUUGGCGUCACAAAAGGCAAAUGAAGAUGAGUACACCUGACAACUGUAAUCAAGGGAGCAGCAACGAGACUACCACGGGCAAAACUGACUCUGUUCCGCUGCCACACACCCAGAUUAAUGAUGAGGUGGUGAGAAGUGAAAACAUCUACGAGAACGUGUAUCCAGAAACUGCUGAUGGAAAUAUUUCAGCGAAAGUUUCAUAUGCACAGGACGCUGCUGAACACAUCUGCGUGUCCAUAAACCCAGAAAAUGCUUGUGGACGUUUUUCUGCGAAAGUUGAAUAUUUAGAGGACGAUGAUGAACACAUCUACGAGACCGUGGACCAAGACAAUACAUAUGAAAAUAUUUCAGCGAAAGUUUUAUAUGCACAGGACGCUGCUGAACACAUCUGCGAGACCAUAGACCCAGAAAAUUCCUGUGGAAGUUUGCCUGCGAAAGUUCAAUGUGUAGAGGACGACGACGAACACAUCUAUGAGACCGUGGACCAAGACAAUACUUAUGAAAAUAUUAUAAAGAAUGUUCCAUCUGCAGAUGUUGAUGAUUACCUGGAACCCUGCACGGUGUCCCUCCCAGGGACCACCCAACCGUGAUGCCCCCGACACUGGUGUCCCUCCCAGGGACCACCCAACCGUGAUGCCCCCGACACACUGGUGACCCUCCCAGGGACCACCCAACCGUGAUGCCCCCGACACACUGGUGACCCUCCCAGGGACCACCCAACCAUGAUGCCCCCGACACACUGGUGUCCCUCCCAGGGACCACCCAACCGUGAUGCCCCCGACACACUGGUGACCCUCCCAGGGACCACCCAACCAUGAUGCCCCCGACACUGGUGUCCCUAACUACAAGGACAUCAGAAUUAUGAAGGAUCACAGCAGUCCUGUGGGGCCUAUGCUUUUCGGGUCCUCUCACCCAUCUAUCUGUUCAAUAUAUUGCUGAAACUGUUUGUCCCAAUAUGGAUAGCAACAGCCCGAUCCAUUCAUCUGUUGCAAUAUUCCCAACCCACUACUUUCCUAUAUCACUCUUAAAAAUAUAUUUGUCCAGUGUGUUCCCAUUAUUACCGGGUAUGACCUGUUCCCUCAGUUCCAGGUCGCUGUUCGUAUCCCCCUUGUGUAUCUCUGCAAACUACUAGAGAAUCUUGAUCAUGUUUCUCCGUGGCUUGCCUCUUUCAAGCGGGUGCAUGUUAUGACCUAGCCUAACCGGUUCAGACUGGAUACACUCUCAAAGGUAUGACCACUAUCAGAGGUCAUAUCUUUUCAUAUGGUCAAGGUUUCUUUAUUACCAAUUAUAACAUGCUGUAGUAUUUAAAUUUAUGCAUAUCUUUAUUGAAAUAUCAUUAAAUACACAUGUAGUG